UCCAACUCCCAGGUUAUGAGAAGUCAUCAUUUCUUUAGCCUGCUUUUCCCAGUUAUAUUGCUUGCUCUCUUCUAUGUUAGCAAUGCAAAAGGCCGAUGCCUGGACGAUCAGAGAUCAUUGUUGCUCCAAUUGAAGGAUGCCCUUACGUUAGGUCGAACAGUUUCUACGAAAUUGGCGAACUGGACAAGCGCCGAUUGCUGUGAAUGGGGAGGCGUGGCCUGCGAUGAGGAAGGUCGUGUUAAAGGUCUUGACCUCAGCAGUGAAGGGAUCUCGGGUGGGAUAAGCGAGCAAAAUUGUAGUCUUUUCAGUCUAAACUUUCUGGAGAACCUGAAUUUGGCCUACAACAAGUUCAACGUAACAAUUCCAUCGAGUUUCGGAAACCUCACAAAUUUGAAGAAUCUGAAUUUGUCAUUCGCUGGUUUCAUUGGGCAGAUUCCAAUUGCAUUUUCGCAGCUGACAAGGUUGGUUAUACUUGACCUAUCCACUCUUUUCUUUGUUGGAAUUUCUACCCUGCAGCUUCAGAACCCAAAUUUAGCAAUGCUUUUUCACAACCUUACGAAUCUUAGAGAGCUCUAUCUUGAUGGGGUGAAUGUGUCUUCACCGGGGACUGAAUGGGCGCAGGCUAUUUCAUCGUCAGUGCCGAAUCUGCAAGUUUUGAGCAUGUCCAAUUGUUAUCUUUCUGGCCCUAUAGAUUCUUCCCUGUUCAACCUUCGCUAUCUGUCAAAAAUCAAUCUUGGUUCAAACAAUCUUUCUAUUCCAGUUCCGCCGUUGUUUGCAAAUUUCAAAAAUUUGACCAGUUUGAGUCUUAGUUCCUCCAACUUGCAUGGAUUCUUUCCGAAAAAGAUUUUGCAGGUUCAAACAUUGCAGACUCUGCAUUUGGAAAACAAUAGAUUCCUCAACGGUUCUUUGCCAGUGUUCCCAGAAAAUGCACUUCUUCAGAACCUGGUGCUCAGGGGGACAACAUUUUCAGGCUCAUUACCAGAUUCCAUUGGUAAUCUGAAGAAAUUAUCCAAAAUAGACCUUGGAGGUUGCAAUUUCAGCGGACCAAUUCCACAUUCAAUGGCAAGACUUGAGGAAUUCGUUUAUGUGGACCUGUCAACCAAUUCAUUCGCCGGUCAAAUUCCCUCUUUCCAUAUGUCCAAGAAUCUCACCUACAUAGACUUGUCUCAUAAUGCUUUAACAGGUCCAGUUCCGUCCGCUCACUUUGAAGGCCUUUCAAAACUUGUAAGCAUCAAUUUAGGACAUAAUUCACUGAAUGGGACUAUUCCCUCGUUUCUGUUUUCUCUUCCAUCACUAAAUAAAAUUCUUCUUUCCAACAACCAAUUUGGUGGUCCUGUUACUGGGCUUUCUAACAAGCACCUGUCUCCACUGGAUACGUUGGAUUUGAGUAGUAACAAACUAGAAGGGCCUGUUCCACCAUUCUUCUUUGAGUUUCGAAGGCUUAAUAUUCUCUUGCUUUCUUUCAACAGCUUCAAUGGUACAGUACAUCUAGAAAAGAUUCAGGGGCUACGGAAUCUUACGAACCUUGAGCUCUCAUACAACAAUUUAUCCAUUAGUCCAGGUGACAGUAAUUCUACCUUCUCUUCCUUUCCUCAGCUCAGCACAUUAAAAUUGGCUUCCUGCAACCUGCAAAAAUUCCCGGAACUUAUGAACCAGUUAAAGUUGACUCAGCUUGACCUUUCGGACAACCAAAUCUCAGGGGAACUACCUAAUUGGAUUUGGCAGGUGGGGAAUGGAACUCUACAAUAUCUGAAUCUUUCCUGUAAUUUACUAACUAGUUUGCAAAGGCCAUACACUAUUCCUACUCUUACGAUCAUUGACCUACAUUUCAAUAAGCUCUCUGGCGAAUUGCCAGUGCCACCAGCAUCAGCCGCCUAUGUCGACUUUUCAAUCAACAAUUUCAACUCUUCUAUCCCUCCCGAAAUUGGGCACAAUCUGAUUUUUGUUACUUUCUUCUCUCUUUCAAAUAAUAGACUCUCCGGACCCAUCCCUCAAUCAAUUUGCAAAGCAUUCAAUUUACAGGUUCUUGAUCUGUCCAACAAUAGAUUCUAUGGCACUAUACCUCGAUGUUUGAUUGAAAGUAGUACGGACACUUGUGGGGUACUGAAUUUGCGCAACAACAGUCUUACUGGUGCUAUAUCGGAUACAUUCCCACAAGGUUGUGUUUUGAAAACAUUAGAUUUGAAUGGGAAUCAUUUGGAGGGGCAGGUCCCAGCGUCGUUGGCUAAUUGUCUAAUGUUAGAGGUUUUAAACCUUGGGGGCAACAACAUAUCUGAUCAGUUCCCUUGCUUCUUGAUGAACUCAUCUAGUUUGCGUGUGUUAGUUUUGCGGUCUAACAAGUUUCAAGGUGGCAUUGGUUGUCCAGGUGUACAAAAAAAUGUCUGGCCAAAGCUUCAGAUCAUUGACCUGGCUUCCAACAACUUUAGUGGUGUUCUACCACCAAAUGGCUUCUUAAAGUGGAAAGCAAUGAUAGUUGGUGGGGAUGCUGCAAAACAUGAUCUCAAUCACUUGCGCUUUGAGUUCCUAACGCUUAGCCACUUCUACUAUCAGGAUACAGUGACAGUUACCAUCAAGGGAUUGGAAAUGGAGCUGGAGAAGAUUUUAACUUUAUUCACCUCCAUUGACUUCUCAGGCAACAAUUUCCAAGGAGAGAUACCAGAAACAGUUGGGACUUUGCAAUCCCUCUAUCUUCUCAACUUAUCACACAAUGACCUGACAGGUCAAAUUCCACCAUCACUUGGAAACUUGUCGCAGCUUGGAUCAUUAGACCUCUCCCAUAACCACCUAAGUGGUAGUAUCCCAGAGCAGCUUGCAGGGCUCACAUUUCUUUCAUUCCUAAACUUGUCAUUUAAUCAACUGGUUGGAAAGAUCCCGGUAGGGACUCAAAUUCAAACAUUUUCCGAAAGAUCAUUUGAAGGAAAUGAAGGAUUAUGUGGGGCUCCUUUGAGAUCAUGCAAUGCCUCUGAGCUGCUGCCACGAACAUUAGAUGUUUGGAAUUUAGACGCUAAUGAUGAAACUGAUAAGUUCAUGAAUCUAAGUGCCGGAUUGGGAUUUUUCGUGGGGUUGGGAAGCUUCACACUGUCACUUCUCUUGUGUAAAAAAUGGAAGCAGUGGUUUGACAAACAUGUUGAUCAACUUCUUGAUAGAAUUUUCCAUCUAGAAGACAGGAGGAGAAGACGGCUCCAUAGACAACGAGCUUACAGACGCCCAAUUCGCAGACUUUAGAAUUGCUGAUUCUCUCCCGACAACACAAGAGAGAGCUUUAUACAAGGAUAUAUAUUUCAAUUUUUAUGGAUCUUAAAUUGGCAUUAUUUGGAGCUUUCUGUUGACAUUGUAAUCUGUGUGUGUGUGUGUGUGCGCGCGCGCGCGCGCGUGUGAACAAAAGGAAAGUGGAUCCUAUUUCUAGGGUGAUGGUAGGAUUACGGCCUUUCGGUAGGCACAUUAAGAAAUA